CCAAAAAACCCCCCAAAAUUUUCAAAUUCACCCGCUCCUAUUUUCACUCACAAAAUAUCUAUUUAAUCUCAUUCACCGCUUCAUUCUUCUUCACACUUCAACCUAAUCCUCUUUCGCCCUUUCUUCUCAAUUAAUCACUUUUCUCCAAUUUUCAUUUCCCCAAACAAUGCCUUCUUUUCCAGAAGAACCACUUCUCGCCCCAAACCCUGACCGUUUCUGUAUGUUCCCAAUUCAAUACCCUAAAAUCUGGGAAAUGUACAAAAAAGCAGAAGCUUCAUUCUGGACCGCCGAAGAAGUCGAUUUAUCGGAAGAUCCUCAUCACUGGAACAACCUAACCGACGGUGAACGCCAUUUUAUCUCACACGUUCUUGCCUUCUUUGCUGCUUCCGACGGCAUUGUCUUGGAGAAUCUUGCAGGAAGAUUCAUGAAAGAAGUUCAAGUAUCAGAGGCGCGUGCUUUCUACGGAUUCCAGAUUGCGAUCGAGAAUAUUCAUUCUGAGAUGUAUAGUCUCUUGAUUGAAACUUAUAUCCAUGAUUCUGUUGAGAAGAAUCGUUUGUUUCACGCGAUUGAGACUAUUCCUUGUAUUACAAAGAAAGCUGAUUGGGCUAUGAAAUGGAUCGAUUCAUCUGAUUCAUUUGCUGAAAGGAUCGUUGCUUUUGCUUGUGUUGAAGGUAUAUUUUUCUCUGGAAGUUUCUGUGCAAUUUUUUGGCUUAAAAAACGUGGUUUAAUGCCUGGUUUAACUUUUUCAAAUGAGCUUAUUUCACGCGACGAAGGACUUCAUUGCGAUUUUGCCUGUUUGAUUUAUUCGCUUUUGAGGAAUAAAUUGAGUGAAGAGCGUGUGAAGACAAUUGUACGCGACGCGGUUGAGAUUGAGAGGGAAUUUGUUUGCGAAGCGCUUCCUUGCGCUUUGGUUGGAAUGAAUGGUGAUUUGAUGAGUCAGUAUAUUGAGUUUGUUGCUGAUAGGUUGUUGUGUGAGCUUGGUUGUGAGAAAAUUUAUAAUGUUCAGAAUCCUUUUGAUUGGAUGGAUUUGAUUUCGCUUCAGGGGAAAACUAACUUUUUUGAGAAGCGCGUUGGGGAAUAUCAGAAAGCUUCUGUUAUGAAUAGCUUAACUGCAAAUGGUGGUGCUCAUGUGUUCAAGUUGGAUGAGGAUUUUUAGAUUAAGAAAUUAAGGUUAUCUAUGUGUACUACUAUUAUUUUAAUUUCCUCAUCUUGUUUAAUUAAUAAUAUAUUAAGUACUAAGUUGUAUGAUCAAAUGAAAAAAAAAAAAAAAUCGAAAAUACUAGUGAACUUUUAAAUAUUUA